AUGGGACUGGUAGGCAUUGAUCCAAGGACGGCACUACUGGCAAUCCAAUUGCAGCUUGCCGACAUCCAGUCAGUUCUGCAAGACCCGAACGAAGGGGUUGAUUGUAUUGCCUGGAAUAUAUUGCAGGAUGAACUGGAACGCAGCUUGUUACUCUUGCAAGACCAGGCCUUUGCUAUGGAUCUCCUCAAAGAAGAUCAAGACAAUCAAGCUAUGAUUGAUGAACUUCUUCGGGAAGAGAGGCAAGCGGAAGAGGACCACGACCUCGCGUGUAGAAUUCGUGGUAUAGCUAACGAGCACGUCCCAUUGUCGAAGAGAGGCGACAUGGUGCAACCACCGAAGGCCAAUGAUGAAGACCAGGACCUAAACCUAACAUAA